AUGUUGCCUCAACUUUCGCUCAUCAUGGCCUUGUGCCCCCUAAUGGCACUGGCAGCCCCCUCAGCUCCCGAACUUGAUAAGAGAGCGAUCACAUGUUUGAAGGUUGGUGCGACUGCAACAGCAAAAUGGACCAACAGUGCUGGCAAGUCAUGCACAUUCACCGGCGUAGUGGGAAGCAACUACGGCACUAACCUCGCUGGGUCUGGAGACUACUCCUGCAAUGGACGCUGCGGUGCUGGGUGCACUGGAACUGCCGUUGGUAAUGUCUACACACAAGAUUGCUUUUCCCACGAUAUUUGCUCGUACUUCAACAGCGCCAGUGGCGGUGCCAGCGAUCCCAACUGCGGUGCCGCGUAUAACGCUGCUGUUGACGACACGGCCCUGGGUGCUCUCAAUGGAUGUGGGCAAACAAACCCUUCAAACGCGGUAUCGAAGCCCUCAACACAGCCAGUCUGCAGUUGA